UCGCGAUAGUUUGUGGCCGGGCCCGUUUUGCGGGAACAGUGUCAACAGAAAAGCCGGGGGCCGUGAAUGACGCGUGGUGAGAUUGCUCUAUUUGGGCAAUAUUUUGAAACUUCCCAAUCAAACCUAUAUACUUUUUCGGCUUUUCGGGCCUGUUUUAAACGGAAUUACUCGUCUACAUAGAGAAACAACGGAAUUAGCCAGCACAUCAUGUCCCAAACAGAAAGCAGCAUGGAGCAGCAGCAGCAGCGGGAAGAGCCGAGCCAACUCGACCCGGCCGGUCCGGCUGAUGAUGAUGCUUCAGAAAGCGGUCAAGAUGAAGCAUCGGAUACAGCAAUGGAUAGUGAAGCGCAGUCGUCAUCACCUCCCUCGGCAAAGGAAAAGGACCAGCCGGGUGGAUAUGAAGAAAAAGUGAAAACAGACCGGACCAACAGAUUUGAGUACCUCCUGAAGCAAACUGAAGUGUUUGCUCAUUUCAUCCAACCAGCUGCCCAGAAGACCCCAACUUCACCUCUAAAGAUGAAGCCUGGCCGCCCUCGCAUAAAAAAAGAUGAGAAGCAGAACCUGCUCUCUGCUGGAGAUAACCGCCACCGUCGGACUGAGCAGGAGGAGGACGAGGAGCUGCUGAAUGAGAACAGCAAGGCCACCAGCGUUUGCACACGUUUUGACGAUUCGCCUUCCUAUGUGAAAAAUGGCAAACUGAGAGACUACCAAGUCCGUGGACUGAACUGGCUCAUUUCUCUCUAUGAGAACGGAAUCAACGGGAUCCUUGCUGAUGAAAUGGGUCUUGGUAAGACUCUACAGACCAUCUCUCUGCUGGGCUACAUGAAGCAUUAUAGAAACAUUCCUGGACCUCACAUGGUUCUGGUGCCCAAAUCCACCCUGUAUAACUGGAUGAACGAGUUCAAGCGUUGGGUUCCCUCGCUACGAGCUGUCUGCCUCAUCGGGGACAGGGAUGAAAGAACGGCUUUUGUCCGUGACACGCUGCUGCCAGGCGAGUGGGAUGUGUGCGUGACUUCCUAUGAGAUGGUUAUAAUCGAGAGGGCCGUUUUCAAAAAGUUCAACUGGAGAUAUCUGGUUAUUGAUGAGGCUCACCGUAUCAAGAAUGAGAAAUCAAAGCUUUCAGAGAUUGUGAGAGAGUUCAAGACCACAAAUCGAUUGCUGCUGACUGGAACCCCACUACAGAACAACCUUCACGAGCUUUGGGCGCUGCUUAACUUCCUGCUGCCUGACGUCUUCAAUUCCUCAGAGGAUUUUGAUUCCUGGUUUGACACCAAUAACUGUCUGGGAGACACAAAACUGGUGGAACGUCUGCAUACUAUUGUUAUUUUUUUAAUAUAUAUGUGUGUGUGUAUAUAUGUGUAUAUAUCUCUCCUCCCCAAAAAGGAAAUCAAGAUGUAUAUUGGGCUCAGCAAGAUGCAGAGAGAAUGGUACACCAAGAUUUUGAUGAAGGACAUUGACAUUCUGAACUCUGCUGGGAAGAUGGAUAAAAUGCGUCUGUUGAACGUGUUGAUGCAGCUCAGGAAGUGCUGCAACCACCCGUACUUGUUUGAUGGAGCGGAGCCUGGCCCGCCCUACACCACUGACCUCCACCUGGUGGUCAACAGCGGAAAGAUGGCGGUACUGGACAAGCUGCUGCCAAAGCUCAAAGAGCAAGGUUCCCGUGUGCUGAUCUUCAGUCAGAUGACCAGGGUGCUGGACAUUCUGGAGGAUUAUUGUAUGUGGCGCAACUAUGGUUACUGCCGUCUAGAUGGACAGACUCCUCAUGAGGAGCGACAGAUCUCCAUCAACGCCUUCAACGAGCCCAACAGCUCGAAGUUUCUGUUCAUGUUGAGCACCAGAGCAGGAGGUCGUCGGAUCAAUCUGGCCACUGCUGACGUCGUCAUCAUCUACGACUCGGACUGGAAUGCUCAAUUGGAUCUUCAGGCUAUGGAUCGUGCCCACAGGAUUGGUCAAAAGAAACAGGUGCGUGUGUUCCGUUUCAUCACGGAAAAUACAGUGGAGGAAAGAAUUGUGGAACGUGCAGAAAUGAAGCUCCGCUUAGACUCUAUUGUCAUUCAACAAGGCAGGCUGGUCGAUCCAAACACGAGCAAACUGGGCAAAGAUGAGAUGCUGUCCAUCAUUCGACAUGGUGCCACUCAUGUGUUCGCCUCUAAGGAGAGCGAGAUCACCGAUGAAGACAUUGAUGCCAUCUUGGAGAGAGGAGAGAAGAAGACGAUGGAGAUGAAGGAGAAGUUGGCCAAUCUUGGAGAAAGCUCGCUGAGGAACUUCACCAUGGACACAGAGAACAGUGUGUACAACUUUGAGGGUGAAGAUUACAGAGAAAAGAAAAAGGUCAUCACUAACUGGAUUGAGCCACCCAAGAGAGAGCGCAAGGCCAACUACGCUGUGGAUGCUUACUUCAGAGAGGCCCUGCGUGUCAGCGAGCCUAAAGCACCAAAGGCUCCCCGUCCUCCCAAACAACCCAAUGUUCAAGAUUUCCAGUUCUUUCCCCCUCGGCUUUUUGAGCUGCUGGAGAAAGAGAUCCUGUAUUACAGGAAGACUAUUGGCUACAAGGUGCCAAGAAACCCCGAUCUGCCCAACUCGGCCCAAAUGCAGAAAGAGGAACAAGCCAAGAUCGAUGAAGCUGAACCACUUAAUGAGGAAGAGCUGGAGGAGAAGGAGAACCUCCUCUCACAGGGCUUUACUAUCUGGACCAAGCGUGACUUUAAUCAGUUCAUCAAGGCCAAUGAGAAGUGGGGAAGAGACGACAUCGAGAACAUCGCCCGUGAGGUCGAGGGCAAAACCCCGGAGGAGGUCAUGGAAUAUUCUGCUGUGUUCUGGGAGCGAUGCAAUGAGCUGCAGGACAUUGAGAAGAUCAUGGCUCAGAUCGAGAGAGGAGAGGCCCGAAUCCAGAGGAGGAUCAGCAUCAAGAAAGCACUGGACUCUAAAAUUGGCCGUUAUAAGGCACCGUUCCAUCAGCUCAGGAUCUCGUACGGCACCAACAAAGGCAAGAAAUACACGAGGAGUGAGGAUCGAUUUCUCAUCUGCAUUUUGCUGCACAAACUGGGCUUUGACAAGGAGAGCGUUUAUGAUGAGCUGCGCCAGUGCAUACGCCACUCACCCCAGUUUCCGCUUUGGACUGGUUCCUCAAGUCGCCCGCACCGCAAUGCUUCAGAGGAGAUGUACACACUGAUCACGCUCAUUGAGCGUGAGAACAUGGAUCUGGCAAGAGCGGAGAAAGCGGAGAAGAAGAAGAGGGGCCCUCGCCCCCCUCCAUCUUCGGUGAAAGGGCCCUUGGCCGUCGUAUCGUUCAUCACCACAACCGCUGGCAGACCUGAAGAUUGA